GGUCUUGAACUCCUGACCUCAGGUGAUCCACCUGCCUUGGUAUCCCAAAGUGCUGGGAUUACAGAUGUGAGCCACUGUGCCUGACUGCUCAUGAAUUUUUAUAAUUGCCCUUCAUUUUGUUCAGACUGCCUGGUCAGGUAUUCAAGAUUCUACUUUCUGCUACCAAUUUUUUUUUCUUCUCUCCCAUGAUUCCUCCCACCUCUCUGCCCCCAGGACUCUUCAAGUCAAACCAAGCUGGCUCACUUGGUCCAUCCCCUGUGCCUGUCUUGGGCUUAACUAUUUCUUGGCUGUCCCCUGCCAUCCUAGAGUGCCCUCUGGACUCUUGCCUAGUGGGACUUGCUGAUGAGAUGGAUUGGCUCUCCAAUUACCCUAACAAAACACUGUCAUCCUUCUCAUAUGGAGACCUUGGUGACCCAAUAGAAACAUUCCCUUUGUGUUCCCAGAGCAGAGCUCUGUUCUGUCUGCUCUCCCGAAAUCCUGACUUGCAAGGGCACUGGAAAGCGGGUGGGGAGAGUGUAUGCAGCAGAAAGUCGGGGGCCCUCAUUUUUCUAACCUAUUUAUUGUACUUGGACCAUCACAUGGCCUCCUAAGACCCUUCUACUUCUGUAGAAAGUGUGAUCCCCAUUAGAAAGCCUCUGGCAUUAAGUCAGGAGUAAAGAGACUUGUGAAACCCCAUGGCUUCUGCAGGAUAACUCCUCUCUAUCAGGGGAAGAAAGGCUCAGGUGCAAGCCUGGCAAAAGCUUUUUGCUGGAGAAAUCUCCGGGAAAAGGGAUGCUCAUCAAAUGCUUGCUGGGAGUGUCCAUGGGCAAGGGGCAGCCACCCUCUCCCUUGACCUUGACUUCUUUUCUAUCUUUCUGUGACCUGGUUAGGUCAGCCUUCCACAUGGUCCUUACUAUGAAGUAGUUAAGUUGACUAUGAUUCUUUAUUCUAGGUCAAGGCUAAUGUCUUCUGAAGACUUAGCAGAGAUCCCUCAACUCCAAAAGCUGUCCAUCCCACAUGGCUUCCAGAACAAGGAGGCUGUUAGCUCCCCGACACCAUCCGUCACCCUUAGCCAGGUGCUGGACCUUCAGCAUGGGUCCCAACUGUUUACUGAGGCACACCUGGCCAAGAUAGAGAGGAUGUUUGAGGAGGAUGUCGGCGCGACUGGAGCCCUGGGCAUGGACGCCUUCAUCAAGGCCAUGAAGAAGGUCCUGAGCAGUGCGUCGGAUGACAUGCUAAAGGAGCUGUUUUUGAAGGUGGACUCGGACUGUGAAGGCUUCGUCACCUGGCAAAAGUAUGUGGAUUACAUGAUGCGAGAGUUCCAGGGAAAGGAGGACAUGCAAAAGAGCCAGUACCGCCUGCACUUCCACCUCCCGAUGAGGGUCAUCCCCCUGAACCAUGGCUGUGAGGUGGUGAAGGUGACGUUUUUAAUCCACCAGUUCAAGAAGAUCGGGUGUUUCCUGACUGUCACCAAAGACGGGAUCCUGCAGUUCUGGUCCGAGUCCUUCUCGCUGAUCAGCUCCUUUAGGCUUAACCAGACCCAGCAGCUCCACAACCAGCCGAUGUGGGUCAUUGACAUGGUAUGUCUGCACAAUAUGAACCUCGUUGCGAUUGCGUCUACCAAACAAAAGAUAGAGUUCUUUGAUAUUAGUGAUCACAGGUGUGUCCGGGCCUUCACCUUCAUUGAUCUGGACAGCUGUGCCCUGGUCAUGGACUACUGGUCUGACUAUCACCGAGGUGUGUUCUGCUAUGGGGAUGCCAAGGGCAACGUCAUCGUCUUCACCUCUGAAAACGUGGCCAGUGGGCUGUUCAACCCUCGUAUCCUCCCCAGGGCCUCCAAAUGGGAUCACUGGAUCAAAGUUUCCAUACAGACACUCUUAAAUGAGAAGUCUGCUCUGUACAGAAGUUACCGGCUGAAGGCUCUCCAUCCCAACUGGUGUCAGCAGGUCAAGUUCAUCCCCCAGAUGAACCUGGUGGUCUCCUGUUCGGCCGUCGAGAAGUCCUCUGUGGUGCUGACAAUAUUGCCAGCAAAAGCCUCUGAGAAACCCAAGUUGUCAGCACUGCAUUUAAGGAAAGGGAUUCUUUGCUUCGAUUACUGCCCAGACAGAAACUUCCUGGUGACUGGUGGCUACGAUGCCCUCAUCCGCCUGUGGAACCCCUUUGUCUCAAAGAUGUCUGUGUGGCUGAUGAAGGGACACCAGACCUCAGUGACGCACAUCCUCGUGGACAGCAGGAACAGCAGCAUCCUCAUCAGUAUCUCCAAAGACAAGAACAUUCGUGUGUGGGACAUGCUGGACUACAUAUGCCUCCAGUCCUUCUGCGGGAAGUUUUUUGCCCUGGGAAACUGCCCCAUCACCAGCGCCUACUUCUUCGAGAAGGACAAUACCCUCAUCUGCAGCACCUACUCAAUCGGGAUCCUAAAAGGGUACUUAAAGGCCCAGGGGCCUUCUAAAGCAGGGAGGAUGACCACUCACUCCUCACCCUUGUGCGCCGUCCUCUACAGCAAGAUCUUCAAGCAGGUGGUGAGUGGCUGCCUGCAUGGCAUAGUGAGUGUGUGGGAGGUCAUGACCGGCAGGAAGACGAUGGAGUUCUCUGUAUCUGGGGGCCAGCACAUGGAGCUCACCGCCAUGGCCCUGGAUGAGUCCGAGCGCUGCCUGAUCACAGGCUUGCGGGAUGGCACGAUAAAAAUGUGGAACUACAACAUCGGCAAAUGCCUGCAGACCUUUCCCGAUUCGGACCAGCUGGAGAUUAGUGGGAUUAUCCAUAUGAACAAAGUGUUCUAUGUGACAGGAUGGAGUAAGAGAAUCACUCAUUUCCUGUUCCACAAGACCAAGCCGGUGCUCCUGUGCCACCACUGGCAGACCUACCACGUGCAGGACAUCCUGAGCAUGGCCAAGUACCAGAACCAGUUCCUCGGGACCUCCUCCUACAGUGGGGACAUCCUCUUCUGGAACACCAGCACACUCAAGCCCAUCUUCAGCUUCAAUGCCUCUCUAAGCCCCUUGCCCUUGCAGCCCAAGAGGGCACAAGAUGUGAACUACUGCCUGGCUGAGAGCCAGAGGCCCAGCGGACCCUGUGUGGAACGGGAGAAGUGGGCAUACAAGACCCGCAAGAAGCUCUUCAGUCUCCGCACCAAGUCUGGGGCCAGUACCAACCUGAGGCAGAGCCUGAUGUCGGCUCCCCCAGUGAUGAGGUGCCCGAGAAACAACGAGUCAGACAGGCCUGUGCCCCAGCAGAAACCUUCCAGUGCCACUGGCUCAUCCAGGCAGCCAAGCAAGAUCCAUAGCCAACAGUCCCUUUACAAAGAGGCUGAAACAAGAAAAGGAGACUUGCAGAAGAAUAUGUUGCUUCAAUCCAGUGCCUCGGUGGAGAAGUUAAUCUUCCUGCAAACCAGGCCUCGCCUGCCACACACGGCUGCCCUGCUGAGCAGCUGCGCGGACGGCUACAUCUACGCCUGGUCCAUCCACGGGAAUGGGGGCCUGCUGGGGAAGUUUCCUGUGGACCUAGACCCUCGGGACGUUGUCGUGGGUGCCAUGGCCACUGAUAAAAAUGACUGGAUCCUCGUCACGGGGGACUGUAAAGGAUACAUCAAGAUCUGGGACAUCAAGGAUUACUGCACAUGCGCUGAAAAACAGCCAUUCCAAUACAGUGGGGCCAAGGCUGUCCCUGAAGCACCCAACAAGUUCCGGUUCUUAAUUCCUCAGCAGGUUGGGACCAGUUUCCCAUACUACAUCCCCUGGGAGGAUAAAGAGGUUGUGGCUGGUCAUACCAUUUCCCUGGUUCCCCCGAUGCUCCUGAUUACCUGGAAGGGCCAUUUGGAUAGUGUGGCAGACAUCCUGUAUGUGGACAACUUCCAGCUGGUUAUCAGUGCUGGCCAGGACAGUGAUGUCAAGGCUUGGAAACUCUCCGGCGAUGCCAUUGGAACAUUUGGCCUGAGCAUGUGGAAAAGACUAGAGGAUGCCCAUGUUGGUCUUCAUGAACGCAGAGCAGGCUUAGAGGAGGAGGGCAGCUCUGCUGGCACCUCCUGGAAGGCCUCCCAUCUGGAGCUGCGGGAGCAGCGGGAUCUGGCCGAGGCCCUGAUAUACCAGCGGCGAGAGCAGACGGCACUGAUGGCUCUCCUGCAUGGGAAGGCAGAUGAGGAGGCAGACGCUUGGGCCAAGCUGCAGAAGAUGGCCCUGGUGUCCCCGUGGGCCGGAGAACGCCCCCUGGAAGACAUUGAGGACAGCUGGAGCAAGUGGGAGUCUGGGGACAAGCAGGUGAGCAAAGUCCUGGGAGCGGCGUAUAAGCCCAAGGAACGCGUGCGGAAUACCAGGUUCCUGUCCAGCAGUGUGCCAUACGGCUGGAUGAAGCAGCAGAUCUCGCCCCAGGUCUACCGAAGCCUGCACUUCAACGAGCUGACGCCCACUCAGCAGCCCGACUUCCUGACCAGCAGGGGCCCCGACCUGCAGGACAGGCACGUCCGCCUGGUGGUCCCCGACAUCCAGAAGGACCUGGUGCCCAGCAGGGAGCAGGCUGCGCUGGAUAGCAUGGCCAGCACGCCCACGGCCACCUCCUCCCCGUCUUCCUUGUUAUCUGUGUCUGCCUCAGCCUCCAGGCUGCUGGAUUCCAGCUUACCUGCCUUCCCGAGGCCCCAGUUCUCCUUGCUGCGGCCCCAGUCGGCCUCCAGGGCCCAUUCCGCCCUCUUGGUCCCCUCCCCAGUGUCUGAGUCCACCCUGCAGAGGUCAGCAACCCCCAAGCUCACUGUCUCCUCCUUCGGGCAGCCCCCAAGGCCUCUGAAGGCCACCUCCAUGCCCUCUGUGAAGGGAGGCUCCCACAUCAGGUUCUGAGGGGCCUGCGCUCUCCUCUAGCUCUCCAGCAGGGCAGCCGCGCCCAUGGCGAGCCUAGGUGUCUCUGGCUUUUUCCCUCCCAGACCCAGAGGAUGUGGCCCUUCCCCCGGCCACCCCACUCGGCCUCUCUGGGGAAGUCCACCUGUCUCCUGACCUUGUCUUCUCUUUGGCCCCCCUGGAGAACCUGGAGCAGAAAAUAAAUGUUCUCAGCUGUGGGCGUCCACAGCGAUGAGG